GCUGGCUAUUGCUGAAGAAAGACGCAGGCACUCUCUCUCUCUCUCUUGCAGUCAUCUCCAUUCUCUCAGUGUCUCCUGUCUGCAUCAAUCCCAGAUGUUGCUGGUACUGCAUUCAGCGAGCAGCAUCUGGGACAUGACACCACCAACAGCAGCAGCAGCAGAAUGAAGCACAUAACAGACCUGAAUGCCACCACCACCACCACCUCUCACAGGAUACAGCUGAAGAGUAGACCCUGAUAGCAGGUGGGAUACUGGCAUCAGUUACGUGACAACAGAGGAAACAGAUACAAUGAGCCCUGCAUACACACAUUAAGGUGCUGCGCAGGUCUCCUAGAGUGGAUGAAUGCUGAAGGUGAACCCUGAAAAGACCAAAGUCCUUCUGAAUUAUGUCAUGCCCAGACCAUCACAGGGCUCCAUGACGAUUUGUGGAAGAUGCCCCAUGUCCUGGUGCUUUUGGUGCUCCUUUUACUGGGGCUGAUGAAGUCCAGUGGUAGCCCACAUUCCCUGCGGAUUGCUGCCAUCCUAGAUGACCCAAUGGAAUGCAGCAGAGGAGAAAGACUGUCCAUAACAUUGGCCAAGGAACGAAUAAACCAAGCCCCAGAACGGCAAGGCAAAGCCAAGUUGGAAGUGGACAUAUUUGAACUUUUGAGGGACAGCGAGUAUGAAACAGCAGAAACUAUGUGCCAGAUCCUCCCCAAAGGUGUUUUGGGCGUCUUGGGCCCAUCGUUCAGCCCAUCAUCAAGCUCCAUCAUAAGCAACAUCUGUGGAGAGAAGGAGGUUCCGCAUAUAAAAGUCUCCCCUGAAGAAUCCUCACGAUUUCAGUUCCAGAGAUUCACAACCUUAAACCUUCACCCUAGCAACACGGACAUCAGUGUAGCUGUGGCAGCUCUACUUCAUUUCUUCAACAGCACUACUGCUUGUCUUAUCUGCGCCAAGGCAGAAUGUCUCCUGAACUUAGAAAAGCUUCUUCGACAGUUUCUCAUUUCCAAAGAUUGUCUUUCGGUACGAAUGCUUGAUGAUAACUGGGACCCAACACCACUUCUGAAGGAGAUUCGGGAUGACAAGACUAACACCAUUAUUGUUCACGCUAAUGCAUCAAUGUCUCACACCAUUUUGAUGAAGGCAGCAGAGCUGGGUAUGGUAUCAGCUUAUUACACGUAUAUCUUUACAAAUUUGGAAUUUUCUCUGCAACGAUUUGACAGCCAAUUGGAUGAAAGAGCAAACGUCUUGGGGUUUUCCAUGUUUAAUCAAUCGCACAGCUACUUCCAGGAAUUUGUACAUACACUCCAGCAUUCUUGGGAAGAAAACUGUGAUCACAGUCCUUUCACUGGACCUGCACUGUCAGCAGGCUUGCUUUUUGACGCCGUUUAUAGUAUUGUGAAUGCAGUGCAAGAACUAAACCGAAGUCAGGAGAUCGGUGUUAAAUCUCUUUCAUGUGGUUCUUCUCAGAUCUGGCAACAUGGGACCAGCCUUAUGAACUACCUGAGAAUGGUAGAGUUGGAAGGUUUAACUGGCCACGUGGAAUUCAGUAGCAAAGGUCAAAGAUCAAACUACGAUUUGAAGAUCCUGCAGUACACGAAAAUAGGAUUCCAGGAGAUUGGACAAUGGCACUCCAGUAAUGGUCUCUCCAUGGAUAAGAGAUACUUCUCCCUUAACAUAUCAGACAGUCUCGUUAACAAGACCCUCAUUGUGACUACUAUACUAGAAAAUCCAUAUCUGAUGUUAAAGGCAAAUCACCAGGAACUGGAGGGAAAUGACCAGUACGAAGGUUUUUGUGUGGAUAUGCUGAAGGAGUUGGCCAAUAUUCUGCGAUUUAACUACAAGAUUCGCCUGGUUGCAGAUGGAGUAUAUGGAGUUCCGGAGCUGAAUGGUUCCUGGACUGGCAUGGUGGGAGAGUUAAUAUCCAGGAAGGCAGAUUUAGCGGUUGCUGGCCUAACAAUCACAGCAGAGAGAGAGAAGGUGAUUGAUUUCUCCAAGCCAUUCAUGACUUUAGGAAUCAGCAUCUUGUACCGUGUUCAUCUGGGUCGAAAGCCAGGAUAUUUCUCCUUCCUAGAUCCCUUUUCUCCUGGAGUAUGGCUCUUCAUGCUUCUUGCCUAUCUAGCUGUCAGCUGUGUGCUGUUUCUGGUUGCUCGCCUGACUCCAUAUGAAUGGUACAGUCCUCAUCCAUGUGCCCAGGGAAGGUGCAAUCUCCUUGUAAACCAAUACUCGCUUGGAAACAGCUUUUGGUUUCCUGUUGGAGGAUUUAUGCAGCAAGGGUCUACUAUAGCUCCGAGAGCUCUUUCUACGCGAUGUGUCAGUGGUGUCUGGUGGGCAUUUACCCUGAUCAUCAUUUCGUCAUACACAGCAAAUCUUGCUGCUUUUCUAACUGUGCAGAGAAUGGAUGUACCCAUAGAAUCAGUUGAUGAUCUUGCAGAUCAGACUACAAUUGAGUAUGGCACAAUUCAUGGAGGUUCUAGCAUGACCUUCUUUCAGAAUUCCCGAUACCAAACUUACCAACGGAUGUGGAAUUACAUGCACUCCAAACAACCAAGUGUAUUUGUAAAGAGCACAGAGGAGGGGAUAGCACGUGUGCUCAAUUCAAACUACGCCUUCCUCUUGGAAUCUACAAUGAAUGAAUAUUAUCGUCAACGCAACUGUAAUCUCACCCAAGUUGGAGGCCUUUUGGAUACUAAGGGUUAUGGCAUCGGCAUGCCUGUAGGUUCAACAUUCCGUGAUGAAUUUGACUUGGCGAUCCUUCAGCUUCAAGAGAACAACUGUCUAGAGGACCUCAAGCGCAAAUGGUGGGAUGGAGGAAAAUGUCCAAAAGAAGAGGACCACAGAGCAAAAGGUCUAGGAAUGGAAAAUAUUGGUGGCAUCUUUGUGGUAUUAAUCUGUGGUUUGAUAGCAGCUAUUUUCAUGGCCAUGUUGGAGUUCCUGUGGACUGUACGAAAUUCUGAGGAAUCGGAGAUUUCUGUUUGCCAUGAGAUGGUGUCAGAGCUGAGCAACAUAAUUCUUUGCAAGGACAGUUUUCUGCCUAGAAGGAGACGUGGAGGUAUUAUACGCUCCAGACAAACUAUUUUGGAUGAAACUAGGGGUCGGAACACUAGCAUUCUAAGCAAUGGAAAACUUUGUGGGGGCAGUGGCCCUGAUCCAUUGGCACAGAGACUGGCACAGGAAGCAGCUCUAGUAGCCAGGGGGUGUACACAUAUCCGAGUAUGCCCAGAGUGCCGGCGCUUCCAAGGCCUUCGAGCUCGUCCACCCGGAGGGUCCCCAGCACAAAGUGAGGAAAGCUUGGUGUGGGAUAAAACAACAAACAGCAGUGAGCCUGAAUAGAAGAGACAUUAAAUAAAAAUAAAUUCCAUGUUUUCUUUUUUACAGAUCAUCAUAUUGUAAAUGUAAACUUUUUACUAAGAGUUACAAACGGCAGACAUAAAAUAAGAGGGGAAAAAACAUCAAAUGAUUUAUUUUGAAAUGGGAUUAAAUGUUCUAAAGCAUAACAAAUAAGGGACUCCUCACCAGAAUGGUAUCUGUUUUAACCGUCUCACUUGUAGUUGAUAUAACUUCCUUUUACUAUUGGCAGAUAUAUGGAGAGUGACUGUUUUCUAAAAAUGUAUGAACAUCAGAGUAAAAUGUCAGGAGUCAUACCAGACUCAUUCAGGCUAGGCUUAAAUGACAUCAUAAAGCAUGUCACACUCAGUUAUUAAUAUUAAAAUGAAGGAACAUUUAGUUUUUUUAAGAUCAAUCACCAGGUCAGCAUUUAUUAAUGGGUUAGCUCCUCUCACUCACUGAACAAAUGACAUGGAAUUACAUGAAAUAAAAACCUCUUUUGGUAUAUCUAGUAAAUUGA